GUUUGGAUCCCAGAGUUCUCCCUAUCCCCUUCACUUCUCCCCAGUGCCCUGGAUAUCAGCUGGGAGUCGCAACUGGACACACAACAACUGGAGCUUUGAACAUCAGACUGGGCAGCUUUUAUUUUGCAGACUGCAAGAAAAAAAGUCCAAAGAACACAAGGAAAGUUGACAGGGUCUCUGACCAAUUUAAUCUUCCUGCGAAACUCAGCAACUGAGGGUGGUUUGGUGCUGCAGGUCAUCACUUCCAUGCAAAAGUCAUUCCCGCAGGAGAAACUGCUUCUGCCUUCUGACAACUGCCGAGCACGGCCACCAAUUGCUCCAGCUGCCACUCCCAACAGCCCCCUGCAAGAGCGCAGACAUCAGUGCUCGUUGGCUUUGGCUGCCCUCUGGCAGAGAAGUCCCCUGGGGACACAGCUCUGGGGGGCAGGAGAUGGGCACCAGCCCUGCCAGGACUCAGGGCAGUGGCAGGUCUCCUUGGGUGAGGACUUGCCAGAGCUGCUGAUUUUGGUGCAGCCCUGGGCAAUGGGGUGGGAGCAGCAUUGGUGCCCUUGCCCCCACUUUCCUUCUGUGUGUCACAGCCCUGUGUUUGGGAGGGCCACCAGCCGGCACUUCUCCCAAGGAGCCCGUGCCAGCUCGUGUGGAGGCCCCGUGGCCUUCCCACUGCGGCUGCCUCGGCAGCCGAGGGGGCUCCUUCUGCUGCCGUGGGCAGGCACAGCAGGGGAGGGUUUGCUUAGUUUUUCAGCUGUGCCUAAAGUUCGUGUCCAGCUGUCUUAGAUAGUUUGGAGAACGGACCCCUUCUGACCUUGGGCAGGUUGGCCGGGCUGGGGGAGGCCCCAGGGCAUGUGGCAGUGUGUCACAGGCCCUUUGUGACACGUGAUGACAUAGUACUGGUGGUGAGGUGGCCACGCCUCAGUGCUCCUCGGAGCAUGCGACAGGACAGACGGGACAGAGUGGUGCUGUGCAGAGCCCCCCCGCAGCCAACUCUUUCCCUGCUGAUCCAGAGUGUUUUGGAGGCUUUUCUGUGCUGCAAGCAUCCUUGAGGCCAGACUGUGGGACUUGGUGACACAGAGCUUUUGCGAGGUGUCCCCAAUCCCUGCAGCAGGUGCCCUCGAGGCCGAACUGCAGGACUUGCUAACCCCUAGCAUUUGCUAGGUUUUUCUGUCUUUCAGGUGUCUUCGAGGCCAGACUGCAGGACGUGAUAACCCAUAGCGUUUCUUAGGUUUUUCUCUCUUUCAGGUGCCCUCGAGGCCAGACCACAGGGAUUGGUGACCUGGAAAUUUUCUGGAGUCUCCAAUCCCUGCGGUGGGUGGCCUCGAGGGCAGCCUGCCGGACUUGGUGACCCGGAGAUCUUCCGAGGUUUCUCUCUCUUGCAGGUGCCCUCCAGGCCAGACUGUGGGAUGGCAGGAAGAUGCCUGAGCCUGCUCAGGCCCUUUCGGAUGAAGAAGAAGAAGAAGAAGAAGAAGAAGGAAGGCCCUGAGACUUCCCCUGCACAGCAGCCUGAGGAGAUGGAGCAGUUGUAUCCCCUGCAGGAGGAUUCAGGCCGGGACCAGACACAGGAGCAGGACCGUGCCCGUGGUCGCUUCCGCAGAGCUGAUCAGGCCUUUCUGAAAUUCAUGGGCAUUCAGCGUAGAAAGACCAGGACCUCACCAACUGAGGUCAUGGCACAGCCUGACACCAGGCUGAUCAAGCUGACGGCAAAGCCUUAUGUCGGCACUGCACCAACUGAUCGCACAAUGAAGUCUGAUCCCGCAUUGAAUGGUCACACAAGAAACUCUGACACCACACUGAUUGAUCAAAGAAUGAAGUCUGACACUUCUUUGACUGACGAUAUGACAGGCGCUUACAGCCCAUCGAUUGAUCGCAUGGCAAUCUCUGACAUCGCAUUGACCGAUGAUCCGACAAACUCUGACACUGCAUUGCCUGAUCUCACUGCGGAGGCCGACACUGCAACAACUGAAGGCAUCACAGACACUGACCCCACGCCCAGUGACAGAGUGAUUGAUUCUCCCAAUUGGGAUUUUUUUGAGGAGAAUGGUGACUCCAGUUCAAAGCAAGUGCCCUCAAGGCCCGACUGUGGGAUGGCAGAGAGAAGCCUAAGCCUGUGUAGGCUGUUCAGGAGGAAGAAGGAAGGCCCUGGGGUUGCUCCAGCACAACAGCCUAAAGAGGUGGAGCAGUCUCAGCCCCUGCAGGAGAAUCCAGGCCGAGAUAGGACAGAAGAGCAGGACCCUGCUCGUGGCUGCUGGCGCUUUAUAGGCCAGAUGUUUAGGGACUUCAGAGGCACAGCGAAGGCUGAUGUCAGCAUCAAGCCAAAAGAGCGCACGGCAAACACUGACACCACACCCACUCAGAGCCUGGCUGAUGCUCCUGGUCUGGACUCUUCUGGGGAGAGAGUUGUCUCUGCAAAAGUGCAGGCCUUCAUGAAGAACAUGCAUCAGAGACUCACAGCCAACAUGUUCCCAGAGAACAGACUGUUCAUGGACAUACUGAGGUUGACUGAUACAUACCCCGCUGAUGUCGCAUUGACCCUCCUGCGCUGUGCCCCAUCGUGUGACAGAGCUGCUGCAAUCAUGUGGAGGACCAUAGCCUUGUCUGAAACAACAGUGGUGAGGGUGCUGCCAACGCUGCUCUGUGUGAUGGAGGACUGGCCACAGCACAGCGUGUCCGCCUCCGAUGAGAGCAACAAGGACAUCUUUGCCCUGGCUGCAACCAGAGUGGUUUGGGAAAUUCUCCAGAUGAUCCAGUGCCCAGAGGCAUUGAUGGAAUAUUCUCCCCGUCUCCUUGUGGAUCUGCUCUUCCAAGUCUUCAUCAGCACAGAGCAGAUGCCAGAAGAGGUUGACACCUUCUGGAGGAGAUGCUGGGAGGGACACCGCCUUGCCAGGAACCCAAACAGGUUUGCAGUGUUGACUAUGAAGACCCUGCUCUGCCGUCUGCAGUUUGAAAAUAUUGUGAUGGCAAUGGAACGGAAGCGUGGCUGGGACACACUUCUCAACUCUGAUACCCACCACUAUGCAAUGGGUUUGCUGGCCAGGGAGAUGCGUCGUGCCUCGAGCCCCUUGUGUUCCCCGGUUGCCCUCUGCCUGCUGGGGCUGCUCACCAGGGAGAAGCCACGCUGGGAGCUUCCUGCCAUGGCAUUCCUUGUGGAGGUCCUGGUCUACCUGGAUGUGACUGACUGCGGUGAAAGGAUCCUGCAGCUCUUUUCAAAGCACCUACGGAGCGAAUGCAAAGAGAGACGUCGCCUGGCACUCAGAGGCCUUGUGGUGCUGAGCAAGGAUCCUGUGAUGGCUGAUGGCAUGCAGAGCCUGACACAAAGCCUCUUGGACGUACUGGGAGAUGCAGAUGGAGAGCUGGUUGGGAUGGCCCUCUCUGUAUUCAUCAAUGAAAUCCAGGACAGAGACAUCCAAAUCUCCACCCCCACUGCCCUGCGGCUGGCUGAGGUGCUCCAGCCACUCUUUGGCAAUGACAAAAUCCACGUGCAGCUGCUCUCCAUUCACCUCUUCCGAAAGGUGAUGGAGUUGGGAGUGGAUGAGGGAAAACAACCUCUGAAGACACAUGUGAUCCAGAGCCUGCUCCCACUCUUCUUCUACUGGCAUGAUGAGAACCAGCAUGUGGCAGAGGCCUCUUGGGAAGUGCUGAUUCAUGCACUUAGGUUCCUGAAGAGAAGGGAUCUAGAGCAGCUGGUCAAGAAGAAGCAACCGUGGAAGUUCAGUGAGUGCCUGCUGGAAAAGGACCGGAGCCGAGUGGCCAACCAUCUGCGCCAGGCCCUGCCUUACCUGGAGAGCCCACAGGAGCCCCUGCGAGAGGCAGCCAUCAAGUUCAUUGGGAUGGCCGGGAGGUACCUGAGGGGACAGAAGGAAGAGUUGCAGCUCGUCAUGAAUGCCCUUCAACGCAUGACUCAUGACAGCGCUGCUGUCAAAAGCUUGGCAAUCAAAACCCUGAAAAUGCUACGCACUGCAGAGAGACCUCCUUCUUCUCUACAUUCCACCAGCUUGAAAAUCAGCUCCAGAAUGUGCGGAAUAGAAAGGAUCCUCUGUGGGGCAGCUGCCAGAGGUCAGCGGAGAACUGAUCCUGGGAACCCUGUCUGAUGGGACCACCUGAGCCUGCAGGAAAGACCCUUCUCAUCCUGUUACCCCAGCUUGAGAAUAUGAAAUUCCUCUUAGCAUACA